AUGCACAAUGACGUUUGUGUUACGCAUCACAAAUCAGAUAUGGCCGGAAGAACUGUUAUAGCGGAAAGAGAACAUAGACUAUCUAUGCUUCGUGAACGUGCAAAACAAAAACAAAAUGAGUUAAAAAUUUUAAAUUCUGUCACGGGUAAUGAUUCAUCAGUAGAACUGGAAACAGAAAAAAUUGAAAAUGCAGAUAAUGUAGAAAUCAGUGAUGGACAUAUUAAUUUUUGGGCAGAUUUAGAAAAGCAAUCAACGCAAGUUGUUAAAACCAAUGAAGAGUAUGAAGCAGAAAAAAAGGCAAAAGAAAAAAAAUCAGAGAGACAAUUUACAAUGUAUUUAGAUGAAGUAAAAGAAAAAACACCUUGGUAUGUAAAGUUAGGAUUCGAGGAAAAGGAUUUGGUCAAAGAAGACAAAAAGAGUAACAAGAGCGUUAAGAAGGCGAAAUCCGGGAAGAAAAAAGCUAUCGGUGAUCCUUUGAUUACAAUUAAGUCAAACUUGGAUAAAUUAUCAAAAAAGAAACCAAAGGGCCGGGCAAGCAUCAAAACAAAAUCGGCAUCAAAGAACAAUAAUAAUGAGGCUUCUGACAUUGAAAAAUUACGUGAAAAAAGAUUGGAAAGAGAAGAAAGGGAAAAACUACGUGCUCAAAGAUUAUUGAAUCCUGAUAUGGUUGAAGAAGACAACACAACGCCAAAUAAACCAAAUAAACGAUAUUACUCACAAUAUAAUCCAAAAGAGACUAAAACUGCUCAUGACCAUUGGGUAAAAAAAAGCAGGAAUGAACAGUAUCAUGUUGAAUCCACGCGAACUACAAAUAAUAAUAAUAAAAGACAGGGUUUUUAA